AUGGGCUCGCAGCUGGAUGCAAAUUCCAGCGCUGUGCGCAAACGGAUAGAAAAACACAACUUCGAUGACGAGGAGGGCGAAGAGUAUGAGGCGUCCAGCUUUGGUGGCUUUGCCGAUUAUAUGAGGCGCAAGAAAAUUAAACUGCAAAAUCUAGAUGCAGAGAUACGCGCUUCAUCCGCGGACAAUCCCCCCAUUUUCCGGGGUGUGGUUGCGCAUGUUAACGGCUACACGCAGCCGUCUCUGCAGGAUCUCCAUCGUCUCAUAGUGAGCCAUGGAGGUGGCUUUGUCCAAUACCUUGAGUCCAAGACUGUAGCGACGCACAUCAUCGCCAGCUCGCUGACUCCGAAGAAGCGAGAGGAGUUUCGCAGAUAUCGCAUUGUCAAGCCGGCUUGGGUGGUUGAGAGUGUUAAAACAGGGCGGAUGCUUCCCUGGGAAGACUUCAAUGUGGUGGACGAGGGUCAAAGUCAGAAGGUGCUCAAGUUCAAUAGCGGACGUCUGCUUAGCCAGACGAAUAGUCCUCGAACAGGGUACAAGGACCAAACUAGCUCGAGCUGGUACACGUCGCAAUUGAAAUCCUCGAUCGAUCGAAAGGAUAUAGCCCCUCAGCCCACGCCGUCGGAGACUGCCGGUAAAUCCGACGAACCUCUAAAUACAACAACUCAGUCUGAUUACGGCGAAUUUCCGAGUUUCAGUGCUCUUGAUGAACCGCAAAAGCAGCCAUCAGAUGAUGUACAAGAUGACGAACUACCAGAUUCCAGACCAAGCGUCAACCUCUCGGAACAAUCUGAAGCACAGGGCUUUUCUUCGAGAUCACCGAACAAAGCCAAGCAAACAUCUUCACCAUCUCCCAAGGAGCCUACUCCAAAGCCAGGUCUAACAUCCGAAGAAUACAACGCACAGCUCUUGAAUGAUCCCCGUAUGAGGAGCUCAAGCGUUGUCAAUCCAGAAUUCCUCCAGCAGUACUACAGAGAAUCCCGUUUACAUCAUCUUUCGACAUGGAAGGCUGAGCUAAAAGUGCAACUACAAGCAGCAGCAAAAGAGAAAACAAUAUCCCAAGCGGGCCAAAAUAAGCGUGCUUCGGGAGCAAGACGGUACAUCCUUCACGUUGACUUUGACUGCUUUUUUGCAGCAGUGUCAACGCUUAAACAUCCCGAGCUGAAUGGGAAACCGGUUGCCGUCGCCCAUGGCACGGGGACUGGUUCUGAGAUUGCCAGUUGCAACUAUGUAGCACGGUCUCAUGGCGUCAAAAACGGGAUGUGGAUGAAAGGUGCACUACAAGCAUGUCCGGAACUUCAAGUGCUACCUUACGAUUUCCCCGCGUACGAGGAUGCAAGUCGCAAAUUUUACAGCGCUGUAUUGGCUCUUGAUGGUGUUGUCCAGAGUGUCAGUAUUGACGAAGCCUUGGUGGACAUAACUUCCCAAUGUCUGGAAGCCGGGGGCACGGAUGGCAGGGGUAUAUCCGAAGGAUCCCUCUAUCGUGAACAGCUUCAGGCGGAUGAAAUUGCCCAAGGUCUACGGGACUCGGUCAAAGCCACCGCUGGCUGUGCGGUUUCUGUCGGGAUUGGUGGUAAUAUCUUAUUAGCAAAGGUUGCGCUGCGAAAAGCUAAGCCUGCUGGACAAUUCCAGUUAAAACCCGAAGCUGUACUUUAUUUUAUCGGCAACCUCACUGUCCAGGAUCUACCAGGAGUAGGAUACAGUCUUGGGACGAAAAUGGAAGAUCUUGGUGUCAAAUUCGUCAAGGACAUCAGGGAUAUCUCUAAGGAAAAGCUGCUCUCCAGUCUGGGGCCAAAGACAGGCGCAAGGCUAUAUGAUUAUGCCCGUGGUAUCGACCGGACAGAAGUUGGGAACGAAGUCCUCAGAAAGUCUGUCUCAGCUGAAGUCAACUGGGGUAUUCGAUUUGUGAGCCAAGCUCAGGCUGAAGAUUUCGUGCAAUCCUUAUGUGCCGAAUUGCAUCAGAGACUAGUCGAGAACCUUGUCAAGGGCAAGCAAUUGACCCUGAAGGUCAUGCGGCGAGCUGCGGAUGCACCCUUGGAGCCAGUGAAACAUCUGGGACAUGGAAAAUGCGACGUCUUCAACAAGAGCAUUAUCCUCGGGAUUUCCACCAAUGCAAAAGAAGUUAUCGGAAAAGAAGCAGUCUCUAUGCUCCGGAGUUUCAACAUACCGCCAGGAGAUUUAAGGGGCUUGGGGGCACAAAUGACCAAACUGGAGCCACUCAAAUCUGGCGAAGCAGAGAAACCUGAAAGCAGCCAGCAACAGCUUAACUUCAAGGCAUCUCCAGCCCGGAAGCGCGUAGAGCGCAAUAUCGACCCAGAUAACUUGGAGAGUCCUCGUAAGGGAGAAACAGAAAUAGUCACAUCGGUGACCCACGACCCAGCAUCCGACAGCGGCCACAGGCCGUUGAAUAUCUCCGGUACUCAGUUCAUCCUGCCAUCUCAACCUGACCCCGAAGUCGUCGCAGAACUUCCAAAUGAUAUCUGGUCAAGACUGAAAGCGCAGGCUAAACCUGUACGAGACUCGCGGUCCACGUCUCCCUGUCCUCCACCUCGUCAAGCGCAGGCGCCUGCAACAGAACUUCCCCCCCAAUCUCAGCUGGAUCCCGAAACUCUAGCAGCCUUACCGGAAGAUGUACGCGCAGAGGUGCUGGGUUACUACAGCCAACCCACUAGGGACACCAUGCCCCAGCCUUCGACAUCUUCAGCACCGGCAGCACGCCCUCUAUCCUCCGGUCCUUCGAGAAUCAAGAAGCCCCCGACACCAAGUAAAAAGCGCCGCGGCCGCCCUCCGACAAAGGCAUCCGGCAACAUGACCCUUACACAAAGCUUCGUCCGAGCACGGCCCCCAACCGCGAGCAACGACAGUGAACCACCCUCGAGACAGCUUACACCUCCAGCAGAACACCCGAAGAUAUCAGAAGACUUCCUCGCCGCGUUACCGGAAGACAUCCGCCGCGAAGUCCUUGAAGAUCACAAACGGAAUACCCGUCUGCAGCAACACCAAUACCCCUCGAACGCGAACGUAACCGUCUCAGCCCCUCGACGAGUACUUCAACCCAAGCCUCCUAGCCAACAAUCCGCACAAAGACGCCUGCGUCUGCCCCCGCUCCCGGAAAGACCAACAUUCACAUCCCGAAAACUCUCAAAUAUAUCAGAUCUACGCGAUGCGGUCGGUACCUGGCACACCACUUUCGCAGACGAUGGACCCUUCGCUGAGGACGUGAAAUCGCUCUCUCGGUAUCUGCAGCGCGUUGUCGUCGACGAGAAAGAUGUAGACAAGGCCGUGUCGGUAGUUAACUGGCUGGCAUGGUUGGUGGAUGAUGGGUGUGGGAACGAAGAGGCGCCGGAAAGUAAGCAACCUGAGGCGCCUGAUAGUCCUCGUGAUUCUGUGACGUGGGAUGAUGCUCUUCGGUCCUUGCGUGCGGAUUUGAAUGGUGUUGCUGAGGAGAGGGGGUUGCCGCCUGUUGAAUUUGAUUAA